AUGAACGACUUGUCCGUUAAAGACGCUUCCAGAACUGCGGAGGAAAAGACUAAGAAGUCCGAUACUAUUCCGAUCUUGGAUGUUCACGUUGAGGUUUAUGAUCACGAUGACGAUUCUACAGUGUGCUGCUCAGGCCGCAACGGAUUUCUUGGACGACUUGGAUCUUAUGACAUGACUUUUUAUGCUCAACAGCUGGUAGAAAGUUUGGCUGAGACAAGUCAGGAUAUGGACGAGUUUAUCGAUGUUCUGCAAGCAAAGAAGUCGGAGAGGAUGCCUGUUAGUGCCCAAGAACAGAAAGCCAUGGUGAAGCCUGCUAGUGUUGAACAACAGGAGGGUGAGGAGAAGAGGCCUUCCCUUAUUCAGCGCAUCGCCAAUAGAUUCAACUGA